AUGCUCAAUGCAUCAGAACUGUCAGUUCUUUCUUCUGUGUUACUAGUCUUAAGACCGCUCGAAGCUGCUACUAAAGAAAUUUCUGGAGACAGAUACUGUACAAGCAGCAAGGUGAUUCCGUUAGUUCAUUGCUUAGUUUUAAAAAUCCAACCUCUCCAAUUGGAAGACUCACUUGCCAAUGAAUUGAAAUCGUUUGUGCUUAAUGAAAUUGAAAAAAGAAUGGGCGCUAUCGAAAGAGUAACUCCACUCGCCAUAGCAACUGUAUUGGAUCCCAGGUAUAAAAAAAUUCACUUCAGAGACGCACUUGCUUGCUCUACAGCAGUCGCAAAAAUUAAAGACUUGAUGAAAAAUACUACACAAACUGUCGAAAUGUCCGAAUCAGAUUCUGAUCAAUCUGAAAAACAAGAAGAGAGUUUUUCCUUAUGGGAUCAUCAUCACAAACUAGUAAGCAAGAGUUGGAAAUCAUCACAAUCAGAUGAUGCAAUUUCUGAUGAAUUAUCGAUCUACUUGCGUAGUCCAGUAUCAGGAAGGCUCAAUGAGAAUCCUUUAGAGAUUUGGCAAGAUCUAAAAAUUCAAUUUCCUAAGCUUUAUAAGAUUGCCUUCAAAUACUUAACUAUUGUCGGAACUUCUGUUCCAUCCGAACGUUUAUUUUCAAAGGCUGCUCAAAUAGUCAAUCAACAAAGAAAUAGAAUGAAAGGAAGAAAUGUACAAGGUGGUUGCCGCAAGGCAGGCGGCCGGGCGUACUCGUUUAAAAAAAAUAAAAUGGAACAGCCAAUGAUGCACGACCGGGCCGACCCUGACCAAAAAUUGGGAAAAAAAGAUGAUGAUGAUGUGUAG